UAAGAGGUGGGUUGUCCAUCAUUUUGGGGUCAGCAUCUCCUUUUAUCUGUUUAUAAAAAAUAUUAGAUAAUAAAACAGAAAAAUCUCUGGUAAUUUUCUGCUAAAAUAUUUGGGUAUAUAUAGACCCUUUAACACAUUGGAGCAGUGCACACACAAAAACAGAACAGUGAGCCAAGUUCUCUCUUUUGGUUGAUCAUGGCGGCUUUGAAGAUGUCGUCUCUUCUGUCUCGCUCACUCAGUGCUGCUUCUGGUUCUGCUUUGUUCCCUAAAGGAAGAGUUCCUCUUGCAGUUAGAGCUAUUGGUACCUAUAGCACUGCUGCUGCUGCUGCUACUGAGGAGUUCAUCCAGCCAUCUAUUAGUGUUGAUUAUACUAAGCUUAUGAUCAAUGGAAAAUUUGUGGAUUCAGCAUCAGGGAAAACCUUUCCAACAUUUGACCCCAGGACUGGAGAUUUGAUUGCAAAUGUUGCUGAAGGCGAUGCAGAAGAUAUAAAUCGAGCAGUUACAGCUGCCCGCAACGCCUUUGAUGAGGGACCAUGGCCAAAGAUGACUCCUUAUGAAAGGUCCUGCAUACUGUUGCGUUUUGCUGACUUGCUUGAAAAGCAUAAUGAUGAACUGGCAAAGCUUGAGACUUGGGACAAUGGAAAGCCAUACGAACAGGCUGCUAAAAUUGAGGUGCCUAUGGUGGUACGUCUUAUGCGCUACUACGCAGGUUGGGCGGAUAAGAUUCAUGGUUUGACAGCUCCAGCCGAUGGACAGUAUCAUUUGCAAACCUUGCAUGAACCAAUUGGCGUUUGUGGUCAGAUUAUUCCAUGGAACUUUCCACUUCUCAUGCUUGCUUGGAAGUUGGGACCUGCAUUAGCUUGUGGAAACACUGUUGUUUUGAAGACAGCAGAACAGACUCCACUUUCUGCUUUCUAUGCUGUAAAGCUGUUGCAUGAGGCUGGACUUCCUCCUGGUGUUGUGAAUGUGGUUUCUGGUUAUGGUCCUACUGCUGGAGCAGCUCUUGCCAGUCAUAUGGAUGUUGAUAAGCUUGCUUUUACUGGUUCAACUGUAACUGGUAAAACUGUACUUGAACUUGCUGCAAGAAGCAAUCUCAAACCAGUAACUUUGGAGCUUGGAGGAAAAUCCCCAUUUAUUGUUUUUGAUGAUGCUGAUGUGGAUCAGGCAGUUGAGCUGGCACAUUUUGCCCUGUUCUUUAAUCAAGGACAAUGCUGUUGUGCUGGUUCAAGAACUUAUGUCCAUGAGCGUGUGUAUGACGAGUUUGUUGAGAAAGCAAAGGCACGUGCAAUAAAACGUGUUGUUGGCGAUCCAUUCAAGACAGGCAUUGAACAAGGCCCACAGAUUGACCCAGAACAAUUUAACAAGGUCCUGAGUUACAUAAGAUCUGGAAAAGAAAGUGGGGCUAAGCUGGAAACUGGAGGAGACAAAAUUGGCUCAAGGGGUUACUAUAUUCAACCCACAGUUUUCUCAGAUGUUAAGGAUGACAUGUUGAUAGCAAAGGAUGAGAUAUUUGGGCCAGUUCAAUCCAUCUUGAAAUUCAAGGACCUUAAUGAGGUGAUUAAAAGGGCAAAUAACACUCAGUAUGGUCUUGCUGCUGGAGUUUUUACAAAGAACAUGGACACUGCUAACACCUUGACUCGAGCACUGCGAGUUGGUACCGUCUGGGUCAAUUGCUUUGAUGUCUUUGAUGCUGCAAUUCCUUUUGGUGGAUACAAGAUGAGUGGAAUUGGAAGAGAAAAGGGUAUUUACAGUCUAAAUAACUACUUGCAAGUAAAGGCUGUUGUCACACCUCUGAAAAACCCAGCUUGGCUUUAAAUUCCAAGGCCUUUUCUUCUCAUAAUAGGCUUUGUUAAAAUAAGGAGAUAUUUAAGAAUGGCAUCAAGUAAGUAACGAGGCUUGACUAAAUGAUAAUGGUGAUAAAAAUAUAUGCUGUUUCAUCAUGAUGUACCUCUAACUUUGAGCUUGUGGGAUGCUUUUUUUAAUAAUAUAAAUAUAUAUAUAUAUAUAUUU